AUGCUCAGUUGUGUGAGAGCAGCUGUUCCGCCCCUCCCCCUCAUGUCAGACUCUGGUCACAUGACUCACUUCCUGCAUAAACACAGCUUCCCUGGGCUUCGUUCUGCUACUGGGGCUGGACGGCAAGAAUCCUUUCAAAAUGGCGCAAGCUGGGGUUUUCCUGGAGCAUGACCAGUUCAACUGUUCUAUAUGCCUGGAUGUCCUAAAGGACCCUGUGACUAUUCCAUGUGGGCACAGCUAUUGUAAAGGCUGCAUUAAAGGCUACUGGGACCAGGACGACUAUCUGGGGAUCUAUGGCUGUCCUCAAUGCAGGCAGAGCUUCGCUCCCAGACCUUUGCUGGGCAGGAACACAAUGCUGGCUGAUGUGGUGGAGAAACUGAAGAAGACAGGACUGCAUGCUGGGCCGACCCCGUCCGAUCCCACCCAAGCUGAACCUGGAGAUGUUGAGUGUGAUGUGUGCUCUGGGAAGAAAAACAAAGCCUUUAAAUCCUGCCUGGUCUGUCUGGCGUCUUACUGCGAGACUCACCUUCAACCUCACUUCGAGUCUCCUGCCUUCCAGAAACACAAGCUGGUUUCUCCUUCAAAGAAGAUGCAAGAACAGCUCUGCUCUCGGCAUGAUAAACUACUAGAGGUGUUUUGCCGCACAGAUCAGCAAUGUAUUUGUUACCUUUGUUUGACGGAUGAACACAAAGGACAUGACACUGUUCUAGCUACAGCAGAGAUGAAUGAGAAAAAGAAUGCUCUGGCGGAGAUGCAGAUGAUUUCCCAGCAGAGGAUUCAGGAGCGAGAGAAGGAGCUGGCAGACCUGAGACAGGCUACACAGACGCUCACUCUCUCCGCACAGUCAGCCCUUGAGGAGAGCGAGCGCAUCUUCACAGAGCUGGUGUGCUCUAUAGAGCGACGGCGCGCUGAAGUGAAGGAGCUGAUCCGGGGUCAGGAGAGGGCGGCAGUGAGCCAGGCUGAAGCGCUUCUUCAACAACUGGAGCAGGAGAUAACAGAGCUGAAGAAAAGACACCGUGAAUUAGGAGAGCUCUCGCAAACAGAGGACCAUAUCGCCUUCCUUCAGAACUGCAAGUCUCUGUGUGCUCAGCCUGUUCCCGUAGACUUGCCAAACAUUACCUGUGACCCAAACUUUGGAACAGUGAUGGCGGUGGUGACAGAGUUUCAGGCUCUCCUCGAGGACGUCUGUCAGGGGGGAUUUGUCAAUAUCUCAGAGAAAGUGAGUGAUGUUACUGUUAUUCAGAGCACUAAACCAAAGACAGAUUCAGACUCAAAUGAAGCUUUAGCACCGUUGUUUGGCCAGCCUGUACAGAUCCCUUUUACCGUCAGCGUCCCGACGAUUGGUGUGUUUCCAUUCUCGUCAUUUGGAUCGAGAACACAAGGUCCUCGUCAGAGACUACAGCCACGUAGGAGACGAAGGUAUCUGUCAGGGAAAAUGGCAGGAACAAAUAUCUCUGUCGAUAAGGACCAAUUCUGUUGCUCGGUGUGCUUGGAAGUGCUGUGGGAGCCGGUCACUAUUCCCUGCGGACAUAGUUACUGUAUGGAGUGUAUUAAAGGUUACUGGAGGAAAUGCGAGUUAAAAGAGGAAUACAGCUGCCCUCAGUGUCGACGCACCUUCAGCCCCAGACCUGCGCUGUCGAAAAACACCAUGCUGGCUGAUAUAGUGGAACAACUGAGGAGAACCGCCGUUCAAGAUCCUGGUGCGAAGGCAGAGAAUGUGGAGUGUGAUGUUUGCACUGGGAAGAAACACAGAGCUGUUAAGUUCUGUGUGAAAUGUCAGACGUUAUACUGCGAAAUUCACUUGAAGCUUCACAGUGAAAGGAAUCGCGGAAGAAUGCAUCCACUUAUUGAAGUGACAAAACAAGCGCAGAAAACAAUCUGUUCGCGGCACAAUAAAUUGCGGGAUGUUUACUGUCGCACAGACCAACAAUGCAUUUGUAGUUCGUGCUUAAAAGACGGACAUAAGGGGCACAGCGUGGUGUCGGUGAUGGAGGAGAGGACGGAAAAACAGAAACAUCUUGAGGAAGCGUGGAAGAAGUCAAAACAGAGGUGCAAGGAAUGAGAAAAGGAACUCAGAGACAUUGUGAAAUACGUCAAGCGUUCUGCACAAGCGUUUGAGGAGGACAGUGAAAAGAUCUUCAUCCGACUGCUGCGCACCGUUGAAAAGAAGCAUUCGGAGGUGAAAGAGCAGAUCAGAGGUGAGGAGAGGACAGCUCUCGGCCAGACGGAGAAGCUUCUAGAACGACUGAGUCAACAGAUGGUUGAACAAAGAAGAGGAGAGGCCGAGCUAGAGGCGCUCUCAAACACUGAGGAUCAUAUCCAUUUCCUACAGAACUAUAAGAUGCUCUGUGCUCCACCUGACACUGGAGGUCGGCCCAGCAUUGAUGUCCAUCCGUACUUUCCUUUGCUGAUAUUGAGAAAAGCUCUGACAGAGCUGAGAGAUAAAGUCAGCGAGGUCUGUGACAGAGAAUCGACAAAGAUCUCAGAAUUAGUUGAUGAGCACGAUCAGUCAGCUGAAAACUCCCCGAGUUGUCCGUUGAACACUGAAACAGCCCAUAGACAUUUACAACAGACUGAGGCGAGGACCAGAGGAGACUUCUUACAAUACUGCUGUGAUUUGACAUUAGACCCAAACACCGCCAACUUUUUCCUCCGUCUUUCUGGAGAUCACACCGAGGUCACGACGGUCCACGAGCCUCAGCCGUACCCGGAUCACCCAGAGCGCUUCAGCAGCUGGGCUCAGGUCCUGUGCACUGAAGCUCUGUCUGGAUGCGGAUACUGGGAGGUGGAGUGGGGAGGUGCUGGAGGAGCUUCUAUUGGAGUUUCCUACAAAUCAAUUCCCAGAACUGGAGGGAAUAUGGACCGAAAACUGGGAUGCAACUCAAAAUCGUGGAGUUUAGAUUUCUCCGAUUGUCUUUGUUUGUUCCGGCACAGUAAGUUUAGUGUAGAAAUACACACUCCAACAGCACACAGAGUCGGCGUGUAUCUCGAUCGCGGCGCUGGAACUCUUGCGUUUUAUAGCGUUUCUCUGGCAGAUAAUACCAUGUUUUUGCUGCAUCGAGAGCAGACUAUGUUUACCCAACCUCUCUACCCUGGUUUCUGGGUUGGACUGGGGUCCACUUUGAAACUCUGUCGAACUUUCAGCUUCUCAGCUUAGUAAUGCAUUCUGUGCUCUCAUUUUGUUUAACAGACAGUUCACCCACAAAUCAAAAGCAUGUCAUUGUUCACUCACCUUCAUGUUGUUUGUUUUCUUCCAGUGGCUCGUUAUUGUAAAACCGGCCGCCCAUGCAACCGUUAUGAAAAGGAGCACUCUGACCACAAUAUAUCUUUGUUACAUUUUAGAUUUCAUUUUUGGGUGAACUAACCCUUUAAAUAAAGAAUAAUAGUUAAAAUAUAAAGAAUGAAUAUAAUGGAAACUUGUAAAACCAGGACAGGAAUAAAGAGCAUACAAAUAAAGAGUCAAUACAGUGAGUUUGUUAA